AUGUCGAUUUCAUCAGCAGCACAUGUGCACUCUCCUAUACCUUCACCAACCACCUCCGCUGCGACAAGAACUUUUCAACAUAGGUUGAAUGCAGCGCAAGAACAAAGAACAUACCAUGAUAGCUGCCGCCGCUUGACAGACUAUCUUAAUACAGCUGCAAACUUGACCAGAGAGUUAAAGACAGGGAAUCUUGGGCGGUUCCCUAUGUUCUAUCCUCGUCGUUCUUCUACUACCUCUAACCAUCUACCGUCAACAGCAACGUCACCCAUUAUCAACAACACUUUUGAACAGCCUCGUUUAAUACCAAAUCAUCUUAAUGUAUUAGCCCUAAACUUAAAAAUGGGUCAUUCUGAAACUGAUAUUAGUAACUUAGAAUCAAAAUCGGUGGCUCACCUUCUCGAUGAAAAAUUGAAGACCAGUUUAGCCUAUUUAGACAAAUUAUCCAAUAGAGUGAGCGAUACAUCUUCUAAAGUAUUAGUAACAGGUGAUUUGAAUUCUGGCAAAUCCACUUUCGUCAAUGCUUUGUUGAAACGAGAGGUCUUGCCUGUGGACCAACAGCCUUGUACAAGUAUUUUCUGCGAAGUAUUAGACGCAAAUCUUGUUGGUGGUGUAGAACAAUUACACGGCAUCUUUGAUCCCAAUCGAUAUAAUGUGAAUGAACCAGCUACAUAUCAUAAAUUAGAGAUGCGUCAUCUUUACAAGAUUAUUACGGAUGACUACGAACCUUAUGCCAUGCUGAAGCUUUACACUAAGGAUGCUAGAACUACGCAGGAGUCUUUACUCCAUAACGGUGUGGUUAACAUUGCCUUAAUCGACUCCCCCGGUUUGAAUACUGACUCCGUAAAAACAACAGCUGUAUUCGCCCGUCAAGAAGAAAUUGAUGUGGUUGUGUUUGUCGUCAGUGCAGAAAAUCAUUUUACUCUUUCUGGUAAAGAAUUCUUGUGGAAUGCAGCCAAUGAGAAAACACAUAUCUUUAUUGUCGUGAAUCGCUUUGACUCUAUUCGUGAUAAGGAACGUUGCAAGCGUUUAAUUUUAGAACAAAUUCGUCAAUUAUCACCCGCAACUUAUGCUGAUGCUGAUGAUUUGGUUCACUUUGUCAGUGCUGGAAAUGUCGAUCUAGAGCCAGGUUCCUACAAAUUAGACGCUCCUGAAUUUGCUCGUCUCGAACAACGUCUACGUGCCUUUGUUCUGGAAAACCGCACCAAAUCAAAACUUUUACCUGCUAAGAACUACUUGGUAAACUUACUAUCCGAUAUCAAUAUUUUGUCAGAAGCCAGUGAAAAGAAGUCCUCCGAAGAUUACACAGCCGCUACUGCAGAGUUAGAACGUGAUUUACCAGCCUACCAACAUUUAUUGAAAGUGCGUGAUCAUUUAUUAGAUCAAGUAGAGAAAGUGGCCGAAACAACAGUAUCCAGCAUUCAACGACAUGCUCAAAAUAGAUUAAAUCAAGCAGUAGAGCAUGUGAGUGAUGCUAUUCGUCAAAUUGAAUACCCUGGUAUUUUCUUAAUUUGGCAAUACGCUCAGGAUGUCGCUGAUUCCAUGGUUCAAACUCUUAUUAAAGAGGUACGUCAAGAGGAGCAAUGUGCCCGCCAAGAAACCAGCAACUGCCUCGAUCGAUUGCAUGCUAUGGGUUCCGAACACUUGGGUGAAUAUGAUAUGACGGCCGAUGUGAACAAGAUGUGUGUCAAGUACAAGGAACAUCGUUUGAUGAUUUCUGUUGAGGCCACUGAUUUCUUUGACCUAGUUUUCGAUGAAAAGUUAUCUGGAGCUGCUUUAUCCAUGGGUGCUCUCACUAUGGUUGGUGGACGUAUGUUGGGCUUUAAAGAUGCUGUUUCUAGUAUCUGGAGCGUUUCCAAUAUGUUGGGUAACCAUAAUAAUUUGCGUCGCUGGGUUGUCCCUGCAGUUGGUAUUGCCAGUGUUGGUCUUAUUGUCUACGUCGUAAGCGAUAUGCGUAAUGCCGUUGAACGUAAAUUAGCCAAGAAAUUCAAACAAGCUGUUCAGGAAGCAAACUAUGUUGAAGGACAAAGUAGUCGUAUUGCUCGCGAAAGUCGUAAGGUUUUACGGAUUGAAGGUUGGGAGAUUCAAAAUAAAAUCCAGAAAGCCAUUGAACAAAAGGAACAGAAGCGUAAUGAAACCAAGGAAGCAGCAGCUCUAUCUAAGGAAACUGCUGAAUACUUCAACACCAUUCUUGUUAAGUCAACUUUAUUGUUAGACAAAGUUCAGGCUGUCCAAUGUGAUUCGCAGCAAUACCUUGCAAAGGAAGAAGCUUAA